CCCCGAACUGGCUCUUGUUUGACUGACUUCCCUGCAGCUACCAGAACCACACCGGCACCACAACAGUCUGCUCCCGACUCACAGGUCACUUCGGACUUGACGACGAACCCGUGCGGUGGCGAUAGAGGUUCACUUCUUCUCUCGACUAGUAACAACAAGUGAACGGUUGGAGCCGGCGAGCGGUGACGGGCGGCUGGUGUCGCUCACUCACUCACUCACUCACUCAAGUAUUCUGCUGUGAAAGCAGCUCUUCCUUCAUCCACAGUUGACUCGAGUGCACGGCACGAGUACGAACAUCAAACUGUUCUGACGAGUGAAGCGGCUGGAACCGUUAUAAGUGUCAUUUCACUGCUGAUUUUGAGUCGUGUCUCUUUUAAGAUGUCGGUUUGAAGUUGUAUCGUUUCAUGUGAAACUUAGAAGCAAAUCUUAAAUAUAUUUAUUUUGGGAUUAGAGAAAUUUAAAAUGAUGUCAAAAUAUGUUUAGUUUAAAAAUAUAGAAGUAAAAAUAAAUAUAUUAAUAUGAAUUAAAAUCAUAACUAAUAUCUUUUCAUGGUUGUGAUAAUAACUACAGAAAUAAGAAGAGAAAUACGACAAAUAAUGUAAAUAAAUGUGGCAUAUUAUAAUGACAAGUUUUGCGACAAAUUAUUAAAAAAUAUUUUACAUGUCUGUUUUAUUUCACAUAUAAAUAAACGUGGUUGUUAAAUGACUAUAAAACACUGUAAUAGAUGAAAAAAAGAACUACUAAGAAAGAAUAUUGUUAUGUUAUUGUUAUGGAAACAACUUAUAAAUAAUGACAUCUCUAAAUCCUUCUUCCUCCACUCUUGAGGGGUCAGUUCUCACUUGACCUAUGGUAAACCGUCACAUGACAUGACAACUGUUGGGAGUUGAAGCGGGAAGUUUGAUUUUAUUAUGAUGUUGCUGCCCUGUGACCCGCAAGUGACGGCUCUGAUCCGUGUUCCUUCUGCUCCGCAGCCCUCGACCCUCCUGGGACUUGUUCUUCUGCCGCUGACCUUGCUGCGUGCCGCCGCUGACCCGAGUCCUGUCCGUGAACUUCCCGUCCCGCAGGCCACGUCCCACUUCCGCCCGCCUGAGAUGAGUCCCGGACAGCCUCCUCCACACUUGUGACCCAGAAGCUCACGGCCAUGACGGUGUGGACGUGCUAGACCGGACACAGGCCAAGCCCGUCUGACCUUGGUGCGGAGGCUCGGGUGCGGCGUGUGGGCGGGACUUCAGCCCGGAUGUUGGAAUUUCUCAAGGAGUUGCGGUGAUGAGGCAAGUGGACCGGCGGCACGAGUGGAGGCUGACCCGGCGGCCAGAGUGAUGCGAUGGGGUGUCGGAACAGUAAGGUCCUCCCUGAGCCUCCAGGGGACGUUCAGUUGGACCUGGUCAAGAAGGUGGACCCGCCUCAGCCGCCCCAGACUGAUCUGUACAAGCACUUCAUGCGAGGGGACGGCACCGGGAGCAAGGUGGGUGUGGCUGCCGGCGGGGGUGGCGUAGACAAAGCCGGAUCCCCGUACCAGGCUCAGGCCGCCACACCGACCGCGUCUGCCCAGAACGCCAAGGAACCGUCGGAGCUGUCGGACCCUCAGAGGAAGAAGGUGGCCAAGUACAGGGCCAAGUUCGACCCGCGGGUCACGGCCAAGUACGACAUCAAGGCGUUGAUUGGCCGCGGCAGCUUCAGCCGCGUGGUCCGCGUGGAGCACAAGAGCACGCGGCAGCCCUACGCCAUCAAGAUGAUCGAGACCCGCUACAGGGAGGGGCGGGAGGUCUGCGAGUCAGAGCUGUGCGUCCUGCGGCGGGUCCGGCACACCAACAUCAUCCAGCUGAUGGAGGUCUUUGAGACGGCUGAGCGGGUCUACAUGGUGAUGGAGCUGGCCACCGGCGGCGAGCUGUUCGACCGCAUCAUCGCCCGGGGCUCCUUCACCGAGCGGGACGCCACGCGGGUCCUGCAGAUGGUCUUGGACGGGGUCAAGUACCUGCACACCCUGGGGAUCACGCACCGGGACCUGAAGCCCGAGAACCUCCUCUACUACCACCCGGGAGCUGAUUCCAAGAUCAUCAUCACCGACUUUGGUCUGGCCAGCAGCCGCAAGAAGGGCGACGAGUGUCUGAUGAAGACCACGUGCGGGACGCCCGAGUACAUCGCCCCGGAGAUCCUGGUGAGGAAGCCCUACACCAACGCCGUGGACAUGUGGGCGCUGGGCGUCAUCGCCUACAUCCUGCUGAGCGGCACCAUGCCCUUCGAGGACGACAACCGCAUGAGGCUGUACCGGCAGAUCCUGAAGGGGAAGUACAGCUUCUCCGGGGAGCCGUGGCCCAGCGUGUCCAACCUCGCCAAAGACUUUGUGGCUCGGAUCCUGACGGUGGACCCGAGCGAGCGGCUGACGGCCGGCCAGGCGCUCAAGCACCCGUGGAUCGUGAGCAUGGCCGCCUCCUCAUCCAUGAAGAACCUGCAGCGCUGCAUCUCGCAGAACCUGCUGAAGCGCGCCUCGUCCCGCUGCCAGAGCACCAAGUCGGCGCAGUCCACGCGCUCCAGCCGCUCCACCAAGUCCAACAAGGCUCGCCGCGUGCGCGAGAAGGAGCUGCGCGAGCUCAACCGUCGCUACCAGCAGCAGUACAACGGCUGAGCGCCACAGAGGGGCCGCCGCUUCCGGGACCCAGCGGCGUGGUCUCUUCGUCCGUCCCUUCAGCCUCUCUCCUUCAGUCCGGGCUCAGUUCAGAAUCUUUCGCUGGUUUUGUUCACACGAGGGGAACCACGAGUCACAGCACCGAGUCGCUUGCCUGAGGGGGCAAACCUGGGAGCAGAAGUGAGAGCUGCACUCUGGCAGAGGAACUUCUGCCAGUCAAGAGGCUCAGAUGAAUUGUUGCCUUCUAUCUUAAGGUGUUGCUGCCAAGUCGGCAGCUGAUUCACUUUCUUUCUGACCUGUGGCGUCGGCACUGAAGGACCUGUGCUGUGGUGGUGCAGCGACUGAGUCGCAGCAUCGCUGGCCUGCUGUGGGACUCCAGGGAGUCAAACAAGAGACCAGCACCGACCUGGGUCUGAUGAGUCAAAAAGCUGAUUCUGAAUGGAGUCUGGAGCUGACAUUCCUCCUAUUUAUUUAUUGUGGCUGAUCUCGAGUCUCGGCUCUGACGGCGGCUGGUCUGCUGUUGAGCAGAGUUCUGGUUCUGACCCGCAGAGCCACAGCUCCUCCGUCCGUCCCUCCUGAAUGUUGCUGUGAAUUUCUUCUUCUUGUCCUCCACGUGUGUGUGUGUUUCUCCUGGUUAUUGUGAAGGUGAUUCAGAAGAGUCUCCUGGCGCCGCAGCAGUGGAUCCUGGGGGACGUUCACGGUCACAUCUGCUGCACACACUCGCACGGAAGAGUUUGGAAAGUCAGUGUUGCUCCGAUCGUUCCAACCAGGCUCAGCGGAGCUCACGUGGAGCCGCCUGGUGAAGACGCUCCACUUACAAUUCAAGGAGGAUACGUCCAUUUGUUUUGUCUUAUUUUUCAUUGCGUGCGCUAAAGCCACUAAAUAUCUUCAUGUAGUUCACUCAAAAACCUGAUAAAAGUCACGUGAUUAUUGUCAUAUUUUCUGUGAAUACGCUGAGUUUAAAGAAGAAAACGAGCAUCGUUUGAGCUUGUAAAUCCUCUAAAUUCAUUGUGGUUUCCCAAUUUUUUUAAUUGUAAUUAUUUUCUUGGUCAUUAAAUAGUAAUUUAUUUAAUUUUUUAAAAUAUUUUUUAAGCAUUUCCUACAUAUUGUUACUUUGAUCAUUUUAAUUUCUUUUUGUGAGUUUUCCCUUUCAUUUUUCUAAUCCAGUAACUGAUUUCAAGGAAAGAGAAGUUCAAUUUUGAUCCCUGAGGUAAAGCGCAGCGUUUCAAAGGUGCUUCACGAGGACGGAAGUCUCUUCCGACGUGUGGCCAAACAUCUCCUCCUUCAGCCUGACGUUCCUGCCACAGAACUCUUGUUGCGUCCUUGUUAUUGUUGGUGAUGCAGUGGGAAGCGGACCGAGCCAGGCUGACCUCGCGGUCCUCCUUCCACCGUUUCCAUGACGGAGGUGCACAUGUCAGCUGGGGGCGCGUCUCCUCCCGUCCUCAAACUGAUGCCAAGAAAAGUCCCUUGAGUUUGUUCUACUGUCUA